UACCAUGUACUUCGAGAGCCUUAUUUCAUUAUCAAUCGUUGUCCUGCUUUCUGCUGCUCGGAUUCCUGGGCCAGAAGAAAGGAUUGUUGGUGGCUACAGCAUGGCCAUAAAAGAUGUCCCUUGGCAAGUGACGCUGCUACAUAAUGGACAUGACUGUGGUGGCGUCAUAUUAAGCGAGCGGGUUAUUCUGACCGCUGCUCAAUGCCUCAAAGGAGUAAACCUUAAAAGGUAUUCAGUUCGCGCCGGAUCUUCGCAUUGGAGCAAAGGUGGUCAGGUGGUGAAGGUUCAGAAGGCCAUACCUCAUGAGCAGUACAAUAGCCAAACUGAUGAAAAUGACAUUGCUGUGCUUAUUUUGGCGUCCCCCCUUAAAUUCAACAGUGAGGUACAAAAAAUAGAUUUGGCUGAUAAGUCUCCAAAAGCUGGAACUAAGAGCUUGGUCUCAGGAUGGGGACAUACUAAAUAUGAUGGACAAAUUGUUCCAACACUAAAUGGCGUUGAGCUAUUUGUUGUUAACCACAGUGAUUGUAAGAAAGCCUUUGGUAAAAUAAUGAUCACUAAGGACAUGAUUUGUGCCAGCGCUCAUGGAAAGGAUUCAUGUCAAUUCGAUUCCGGUGGUCCUUUGGUUAGCGUAUCUGAUCGGAAGCUAAUUGGUAUAGUUUCACAUGGCAUCAAGUGCGCUUUUGGGUAUCCUGGAGUCUACGCAGAUGUUGCUUAUUUCCAAAACUGGAUAACUAAUACAAUCAAACAAAAUAUUUAAUUAAUCACUGCCCAUG